CCAUCCAACUCCCUUGAACUGGGAGAGGGCUGGUCCAAGGCGAAGGUGAGAGAGUGGUCGAGGGUUAGGAGAGGACUGGGCCCUCUUCAGACCCUCGAAGUGGCCGGAAGAACAGCUGCAGGAGCAGGGUGGGAGGAGGGAUGGGGAGCAGCUGGAGCCGAAGCAGCUGCUGGGUGUCCUCUCGCCCCAGGUGUGCUUGGAGAGGCCGAGCCGCCGGAGCCCGAGCUGGUGGAGGUGGAAGUGGGCAGCACAGCCCUCCUGCAGUGCGGCCCCUCCCGUCCCCAGGACAACCUCAGCAACGUGGACUGGUUUUCCGUUCACAAGGAGAAGUCCACACCCAUCUUCCGCGUGCGCCAUGGCCUUGGUCAGAGUGAGCCCGGGGAGUACCAGCACCGGCUCAGCCUUCAGGAUGCGGGGUCUACUCUGGCCCUGACCCACGUCACCCCUCACGAUGAGCGUGUCUUUCUGUGCCAGGGCAAGCUCCCUGGGUCCCGGGAGCACCGCCUCCAGCUCCGCGUCUACAAAGCUCCAGAGGAGCCGAGCAUCCAGGCCAAUGCCUUGGGCAUUUCGGUGAACAGCAGGGAGCUUGAGGAGGUUGCUACCUGUGUGGGGAGGAAUGGGUACCCCGUCCCUCAAGUCAUCUGGUACAAGGACGGCCGGCCUCUGAAGGAGCAGAAGAACCGUAAUCCUCCUGCCCCGACUGCCCCCGGGAAGCCCGCCUCCCGCCAGCCGGGUUGGGUGGGCAGCGAGGGGAACGUGGCAGCCGGGGCAGGGGUGACCAAGUGUCUUCGUGGGACAGAGAAAAAGCUGCGCGAGCCCCAGAGCAAGGGCGUGGUCAUCGUGGCCGUGACCGUGAGCCUGCUGGUCCUGGCGCUGCUGGGCGCCGUCCUCUGCUUCUUCUACAAGAAGGGCAGGCUGCCCUGUGGGCGGUCGGGCAAACAGGAGAUAACGCUGCCCCCAUCUCAUAAAAGCACAUUUGUAGUUGAAGUUAAGUCAGAUAAGCUCCCCGAAGAGAUGGGCCUCCUACAGGGCAGCCGCGCUGACCAGAGGGCGCCUGGAGACCAGGGGGAGAAAUACAUCGAUCUGAGGCACUAGCGCGGAGGUGGACCCCUUCCUGCCCACGCGCCCUGCUCGCCCGGGGCCCCAGCACUCAGGAUACUCAGGAUGGUCACCACAGCCUGCCCCCCGCCCCUCCGCCCCCGUUUUGCAGGGCCAGUGGGCUGGCUGGGACCAGGGCGCAGGGCCCUGGAGGCCCCUCCUCAGGACCACACUAUCCACGUGUGGAGUGGCGCUCACCCCAGGCGGCCUCGGUCCAGGAGAGGGGCGAGUUCUGCCGGAACAUCUCUGCUCAGUUAUGGACUAAGGCCCCGCCUUCUACCCACAGCAUGGAGUCAGGGGCCUGUUUGUCUCAGGGGACUUCCUGCCCCAGUUGCCUUCCCAGUUCUGCUGUGUGGCUGCAGGGAGGGGCCGAGUCAGGCCCUGGAAGCAGUUGCCCGCCUGCUGGGGUCCCUUUUGUGACCCCCUUCCCUGGGUGGAGCCAGGAGCUGGUGCCAUCCCUUCAGAUGGGCGCUCCUUGUCCCAGCAGUGAGGGAGCCGCUGCUUCCUAGUCAGGCCUGAGCUGCUCACUCGGCUCCGGGAUCACGACUGAAGGGUGAGAGCGGGGGACAGAGAGGGGGGCCCUGCGGCCCUUUAAGGGGAUUAAGAUUUCAGGGGCCCUAGCACCAAACUCCUAUGAGCUGAGCUGAUGGCCUCGACCCCUUUAGGAAGGGCCCUAAAGGGAGGCUGGGAAAUGGGCCAGAGCUUGGGAUAUAAUGUGUAUGUGUGUGUGUGUGGUUUUGUUAGGUUGUGUGUAAAUUUGCAAAUCGUUUCCUUUAUACACACACACACACACACACACACACACACAAAUAAAGCUUAGUUGUCCGGGAAACCUUACGUGUUUCAUUCACCGCGGGAACCACAGUGCCUGGGCUCCAAAUGGACCGGCACCAGGAGGAACGUGCCCCAAGGCCGGCAGCAGGCAGGCGGCUCCAGCCCCUGGGGUGACCCCUGCUCAGGGACAGGGCUGAGAGCCUGUGGGCCCGUGGCCUUGCCGGGAGGGGCGGCACAGACCUGGGAGGCACAUGGGCUCAGCUCCCCCACGUGUCAACCCUCCAUCCCCACCAAAGACAGCACUCAGGUCAACUACAACAAAAGAAACUUUAUUUAAAAAUACUUUACAGACGUGGGUGCUUGAAAAAGCUCUUUAGUUAACUGUAUAUAAAUGAAAAAAUUAAUAAAUAACAUUAGUAUAACAGACCUGAACAUGAACACACUGGCAAAACAAAUGGACUUAAAAUAGAAACAAAUCUUAAAGCUCUGCUAUUCUGUAGGAAUAUUUACCUUCUGUUUUUCUUAUUCUUUACAAGUGAGGAUUAAAUACUACGAAUAUAAAGUUUCUUAUAUUAAUGACGCUUUUAAAAUAGCCAACACAGAUCUUGCCGACGCUGUCGGUUUAACCCCGCUGAUGCAGAGCCCGCUCUCCCUCCUGGAGCUCAGCGCCCGGCCCCACCCAGGCCGGGGAGGCUCAGUCACAAAUGAGGAGCCUGGAGCUGCUUCCACCUCCACCUUCUUUGGAGUGAAAGGCAGGAAGCACCGAGGAGGGGAGAGAACAUUUCUUCCCUCCCCCUGAAACCUAGCGGUCACAGCUCUGCUGCCUCUUCCAGGGGAAGCUGGUCCCCAGAGAGGCACUCGCUGCUCCUGCUCUGAGUCUGAGGGCUCCGACGGGGGUGGGGGCGUGAGGGGGGCAGGAGGUCGAGGCAGGUCAGGAUCCACCAAAGGUUAAGAGAAGCCACCCUCCAGGAGAGGCCUGACCCGGCUGCCUCUGCCCGGAGCACAUGCAGGCUGAGCUGAUGGAACCAGCCUCCCGCCCACGGUGCGGCGGGAGAGGGACCCGGCGCCCUGCCCUGCCCUCCCCGGGACUGUGGGGCUGGGACACUCAGCAGAACAAAGACGCUGCUAUGUCCAUAUUAAGCUCUAAAAUGCAGCCUAGGAUACAGCGCUGCCUUAGAAAGGCACAAAAUGUUUAGCUUUUUUUUUUUCAGUGUGCUAAAAAUUGCUUUGUUUUAAAUAAAGGAAAAGAUAUAUAAGGUUAAAAACCCUAAAUCACCCAGCCAGGAAGCAGGCGUAGGAGGUACUUCAUAGUUGCCAUGGCCCAGCCACAUGCUCAGCAGGUCACGGCCAAGACACUAAACGAUGCUGAGAGCAGGUGUGUGUGGGGGGUGGGGGGUGGGGGGGGAACCCCUCGGGCCUUUCACCGGCAAAGGAGGCCCCGGCAGAGGCAUGGGGGCUGCUAACCCACAAGCAGCUCUGCCUCUUCAGCUUCCAGAGGUGAGGGUGGCUCCCCUCUAAUCACCACGGGGUCAGAGGUGAGGAGCGGCCCACAGCGGGUGCUGAGCAGCCUCCGGCCCCCCAGCUGGUUCGGGCAGGAGGGCUGCCAGCGGCAGUGUGGAGGCGCCUCUCAUGGUGACUGUUGGUUCUGAAUCAACAAUCAGGCCGGGCAAUCAGACUCUGCCGAUCUGUUCAGCUGCUGAGCCGGCAGAUGUGAGGAUGGAGAGACCAACAGGCAGAGGGGGAACGUCUGUCUCAGGCACCGGACAAGGGCAGCCUUCCACCUGACCGAGCCCCAUGCAGCACCGCACACCCCACUCCCACCUUACUCCUGUGCUGUCGCCCGGAACCAGGACACAUGCAGUCACCCCAGUGAAACCGCCUUCCUGGGCCGGUGAGGGCGCUGCCCCCUCCCAGGCUGGAGCUCAGGGGAGGCCUGGCAGCCUGCCCUCCCGGGGCCUCAGAGCUCAUCUUGGGCCAUUAGGUUCCUUUUGCAGACACCUAGCGGCUCCAAUCGUUUGCAUGGUGUGACUGGGAAAGGCUAAGACACAGGACAGGCUCUAGGACGAGAGGAAUAAGGUCAAAGACUCAGGCAAGUGCAAGCAGCUUGUGAAACCGACCACGUGAGGGCUCCCAUCAGCCUCUGCUGCAGCAGCUGGUGGACGGCGGGUGGGCCCUGUGGAGCUCCCGGUGCCUCAGUCCUCCCUGGACUCUGAUGUAACCACCUGACAGCUCCCAGGGGCCGGCACGUUCGUUCUCAAGCGGCUGCAGAGGGUUUCGGAGGCCUGGGAGGCCCAGCCCACCGCAUUCCCCAGGAGAGACCCUGAGGGCAAGGAGGAGGGUGGCAGGGACACGGCUGCAGGACGAACCCAUUUCAGUGCUGAGCCCGGAAGCCCAGGGUGACCGCAGCGAGAUCUGACACACACUCUAAACAACGUGAAGGAGGCUAAGCAUCCUGAGACUGCGCCAGACAGACCAGCUCCGAGACAGGAGGAACGCGUCCUAACGAGGGAGGCCAGAAACCACAAAGGGAAGGAAAACAGAAAAUGGACAGACAGCAACCUGCAUCCGUUAACCUGGGAACCUCCUGCGGCCCAGGCACAGCCCACAGGGCCUCCUCUCUGGGAAGCAGUGAGAGCAGCUCUCCCCACGGGAUUCUCAACACCUGAGCACCUGCACCCCUCGGGGAACUCCCCGUCCCCAGGGAGCGCUGCUGCCGGGUGGCGAGGCGGACGGGCUUGGGUAGACACCCAUCAAGAUGCUGGGAGCAUUUUCUUUCUUGAGACUAUGAACCGAGAGGCGCUGGAACCUGUCCACGAGGCUCUCGGGCUGGGAGGCCACGUGGGCGGAGCACGGAGCGUCUAUGGGGCCCAUCACCCAAUAAGCAGACUGCCAGGCGGGACAAAGGCCGAGGUGCACGCGGCCCAGCUCCAGCUGCAGGCAGGGGUCAGCUGGACUCCUCCCCUGGCUCUGGGAAGCACCCCGCAUCCUUGAACUCCCUCCUGCCUUCACCCUGACUCCUGUGAUUCCCAAGCAGGAUCGUCAGAGAUGCACCCUUGACCUUCCUCCACGGUGCACACCCCCCUUCCGCCCGACAUGUGUGGUUCUAAAGACCCCGCUCCUGUGCACAGAGGCCAGGGCUGACCCAGAGCGCCCAGGGGAAGGCCCGGAGGAGGAAGCCCUGAUGGUGGUGCUAAGUUCCAGGACCCUGAGCGCUCGGCUCCCUCCCGCUCAGCUCCCUCCCUCUCGAGACACAGGCUGACACCUUUGAGAACUGAGUUCAGUCCAUUCCCCUGUGGCUCCAGGGAGACCACACACCUCACAGGUCAGGACCCAGAGACACACCUCCCCUCCCAUGUCUCGGUCUGCUAGGGGUAGUUAGCUGCAAAGGCUGUGAGGGAUUAACAACAAGUUCCAAAUAGAAUGGGAGAUGGUGACAGGGCCAAGAAGGCUGACAAGGAAACUUCCCCACGAGGAGGCUGGGCCGCAGGCAGGCAGGCCCGGGGCUGGAAAGGGAGCGGCAGGCGCGCUGCACACUCUGCCUAUCGAGCCAACACACCUCAACCCACCAGGCUCCGCCUCAAUGACGCUCAGAGGGGGGAUCCAUGACUUCCACUGGGGACCCUCCCAGACAGGACCAUGGCUCGGAAGACAAUGGGGAGCAAUGGAGAGUCCUGAACGGUCUGAGCCAGGGCACUGGCGGGGUACACAAAGGGCCGUGAAUGCACACCGCUCCGCGUCCUGGGAAGGGCUAUUUUAGGGCCAAAUGCAAGCGGCGAGGAGCCCAAGGACCACCCCCGUCAGUGCCUCACCACACGGCGGCAGGAGGACACAGGCUGACACCUGGCAUGGCGUCACUCACAGCUGCUGAGUGGACACGUGAGCAGCCCGGGCACUGGUUGGAAAGUAUCCCUGGGCAACAAGGGGAAAGCCUGGAACCCCGGCUGUCCACAUGUGAGGUAGGAGGCUGCACACCCAGCGCUCUCCCCCACACGGAGGGGCACCGAGUGCCUACGUGAGCCUCGUCAAGAGAAUAGAACACAGCAGGAGGGAGAGAGGUCCCAGGGAGAGGGACGUCUUCAGAGCUCUGGUCGCAGGGAAAGGAAGCGCUUGGUGACCGUGUACGGUGCUGGCUGCUCACCGGUUCAUGAGCUGACUGGAAUCAAUUCACUGGGAAGGAAAACUGAA